UUAAGUUGGAUAAAAAAGGAGGGCGAUCAUGCACCAUGGCAGCGGCCCUCAGAACGUCCAGCACCAGCUGCAGAGGUCCAGGGCCUUCGCCGGCAGUGAAGGAGAAGAGCAGCAGGCCCGUCCCAACCCCCCGCAGUCCCCCGCCACGCCCUUUGCACCGGCGGCAAGCCCGUCCGCGCCCCAGUCCCCCAGUUACCAAGUGCAGCAGCUGAUGAACCGCAGCCCCGUCGCCGGGCAGAGCGUGAACAUCGCCCUUCAGAAUGUGGGGCCGGUGGUGGGAGGGAACCCCCAGAUCACGCUGGCCCCCCUGCCACUGCCCAGCCCCACUUCUCCGGGAUUCCAGUUCAGUGCGCAGCAGAGGCGGUUUGAGCACGGGUCUCCAUCGUACAUCCAGGUCACCUCGCCGCUCUCCCAGCAGGUGCAGACUCAGAGCCCCACCCAGCCCAGCCCCGGGCCGGGACCGGGCCUGCAGAGCGUGCGGGCGGGCGCCCCUGGCCCCGGCCUGGGCCUGUGUAGCAGCAGUCCCACCGGAGGCUUCGUGGACGCCAGUGUGCUGGUGAGACAGAUCAGCCUGAGCCCGUCCAGUGGCGGCCACUUCGUGUUCCAGGACGGCUCGGGCCUGGCGCAGAUGGCCCCGGGUGCCCAGGUUCAACUGCAGCACACGGGGGCGCCCAUCACGGUCAGAGAACGGAGACUCUCGCAGCCCCACGCGCAGUCGGGGGGCACCGUCCACCACCUGGGACCUCAGAGCCCCGCGGCCGCAGGCGGGGCCAGCCUGCAGCCCCUGUCCAGCCCCGGCCAUAUCACCACUGCGAGCUUGCCGCCCCAGAUCGGCAGCAUCAUCCAGGGGCAGCUGAUCCAGCAGCAGCAGGUGCUGCAGGGGCCUCCGCUGACCAGGCCUCUGCUCCCCGGGGUCGGGGUUGGGGGGACUUCGGCGUUUGGGAUGGCGUCCCCACCGCCCCCCACCAGCCCUUCCAGGACCGCAGCGCCCGCGGGCCUCUCCAGCCUUCCUGUCCCGUCCGCGGGGAGCGCGGGGAUAAGAAAGGCUCCCAGGAAAUUGGAAGAGAUCCCCCCGGCCUCCCAGGAGUUGGCUCAGAUGAGGAAGCAGUGCCUGGACUAUCACUACAGGGAGAUGGAGGCUCUGAAGGAGGCCUUCAAGGAGUACUUGAUCGAACUGUUCUUUUUGCAACACCUUCAAGGAAACAUGAUGGAUUUCUUAGCUUUUAAGAAGAAGCAUUAUGCCCCGUUACAAGCCUAUCUUCGGCAGAAUGAUUUGGACCUGGAGGAAGAGGAGGAAGAGGAGGAGGAGGAGGAGGAAGAGAAGUCUGAGGUUAUCAAUGAUGAGGUAAAGGUUGUGACAGGAAAGGAUGGGCAGACUGGUACUCCUGUUGCUAUAGCAACCCAGCUUCCUCCAAAUGUUUCUGCUGCUUUUUCAUCCCAGCAGCAACCAUUUCAGCAGCAAGCCCUUGCAGGCACCCUGGUGGCAGGGGCUGGCAGUGUGAUCGAAACGGACCCCUUUAAGAGGCAGCAGGCGGGACCUCCGGCAGAGCAGUCUAAGAGACCUCGACUCGAAGUGGGUCACCAAGGGGUAGUUUUCCAGCACCCAGGGGUGAAUACAGGAGUUCCUCUCCAGCAGUUAAUGCCGACAGUUCAAGGGGGAAUGCCGCCCGCGCCGCAGGCCGCCCAACUCGCCGGCCAGAAGCAGAGCCAGCAGCGGUACGACCCCUCCACGGGGCCCCCGGUGCAGAACGCCGCCAGCCUGCACACGCCGCCGCCGCAGCUGCCCGCCAGGCUGCCGCCGGCCGGCCUCCCCGCCGCGCCCCUGCCGCCAGCGCUGCAGUUCCCCCCGCAGCCGCAGACGGCCGAGCCGCAGACCCCGGUGCCGGUGCCGGUGCCGGUGCCGGUGAAGACGCAGCCGCCAAACGCCCCCGCCCCGGCGCCCCCGCCCGGCCAGCUCCCCGCGGCCCUCCACGCCCUGGUGCCCGCGAAGGCGCAGAUGCAGGCCCCUCCACUCCCGUCCCAGCCGCAGACGGCGGCACCGCCCAGACCGCCUGUGGACCCCGCCCAGCCCUGCCCGCGGCCGCUGCCCUCCGCCUCCUCUGCCUCGACUGCUGCCCCCUCCAGCGGCUCAGGCCCAGGGCCUUCGCCUGCCCGGGCCUCCCCAGUGAACAGACCCUCCCCAGCAGCCAAGUCGCUGUCUCCGGUCAUAGCCCGCUCCCCGGGGGCAGCUGUGUCGGCGCCCCCAAAACCACAGAGCCCCGCUCAGAAUGCCGCCGCGCCCCACGACAGUUCUCAGGACAAGCUGGCAGAACAGAUAGCGCUGGAGAACCAGAUCCAUCAGCGGAUAGCAGAUUUAAGGAAAGAAGGCCUGUGGUCCCCCAGGCGGCUGCCCAAGCUGCAGGAGGCCCCGCGGCCCAAGUCGCACUGGGACUACCUGCUGGAGGAGAUGCAGUGGAUGGCCGCGGACUUUGCCCAGGAGCGGCGGUGGAAGGCGGCCGCUGCCAAGAAGCUUGUCAGAACUGUCGUGCGUCAUCAUGAAGAGAAGCAGCUUCGGGAGGAAAGGGGAAGGAGGGAAGAACAGAACCGAUUGAGACGAAUAGCCGCAUCAACUGCUAGAGAAAUAGAAUAUUUUUGGUCAAAUAUUGAACAGGUUGUGGAAAUAAAACUACAAGUAGAAUUAGAAGAAAAAAGGAAAAAGGCUUUAAAUUUCCAGAAAGCUUCCCGGAAAGGUAAAGAGUCAAGACCUACAGGGCUUGAUGCAUUACGGGAAAACUUUGUGGAUUCGGGGAUACCUGGAAGAAAAAGAAAAGCAAGCACAUCUUUAACCGAUGAUGAAGUGGAAGAUGAGGAGGAGACGAUUGAAGAGGAAGAAGCGAUUGAGGGGGUUGUGGAUCACCAAACAGAGCUAUUGAAUUUAGCCAAAGAAGCUGAAUUGCCCUUAAUUGAUUUGAUGAAGUUGUAUGAAGGUGCCUUUCUGCCGAAUUUCCAGUGGCCCCAACCUAAACCUGACAGUGAAGAGACAAGUGAAGACGAAGACGUGGAAGACUGCUCAGGUGACCGAGAGGGCCGGAAGGAUGUGGUUCUCAUCGACUCGCUGUUCAUCAUGGACCAGUUUAAAGCCACAGAGAGAGUGGUCAUCGGGAAGCCUCACACAAAGGACAUCGCGGAAGUGACCGCCGUGGCCGAAGCCAUUCUGCCCAAGGGCAGUGCUCGGAUCAGCCCCGCGGUGAAGCUGAGCGCUCCCGCUCUUCUGUACGGCGCCCUCAGAGAGUACCAGAAGGUCGGCCUGGACUGGCUGGCCAAGCUCUACCGGAAGAACCUCAAUGGCGUACUGGCCGAUGAAGCCGGGCUUGGGAAAACAGUGCAGGUCAUUGCUUUUUUUGCCCACCUAGCCUGUAACGAAGGCAACUGGGGCCCUCAUCUUGUCGUUGUGAGGAGCUGUAACAUACUCAAGUGGGAGCUCGAACUGAAGCGCUGGUGUCCGGGGCUCAAAACGCUCUUGUAUGUUGGCAGCCAUAGAGAACUCAAGGCAAAGAGACAGGGGUGGACAGAGCCCAACCGCUUCAACGUGUGCGUCACGUCCUACAAGCAGCUCUUCAAGGGCUACGCGUCGUUCACGCGGGUGCGCUGGAGGUGCCUGGUCAUCGACGAGAUGCAGCGCGUGAAGGGCAUGGCCGAGAGGCACUGGGAGGCCGUGUUCGCCCUGCACAGCCAGCAGCGACUGCUGCUCAUCGACGCCCCCCUGCACAACACCUUCUUGGAGCUGUGGACCAUGGUGCACUUCCUCGUCCCGGGCAUCUCCAGGCCCUACCUGCGCUUCCCCCUGAGGGCCGCCAGCGAGGAGAACCAGGACUACCACCACAAAGUGGUCAUCCGGCUGCACCGGGUGACACAGCCCUUUAUUUUGCGGAGGACUAAGAGAGACGUGGAGAAGCAGCUAACGAAGAAAUAUGAGCACGUCCUGAAGUGCCGCCUCUCCAAUCGACAGAAGGCCUUGUACGAGGAUGUCAUCCUGCAGCCGGGGACGCAGGAAGCUCUGAAGAGCGGGCGCUUUGUGGACGUGCUGAGCAUCCUCCUGCGGCUGCAGCGGAUCUGCAACCACCCCGGGCUGGUGGCGCCCCGGCUCCCGGAGUCCUCCUACACGGCGGCGCCGCUGCAGUGCCGCUCGGCCUCCCUCAUCCUGAGGGCGCUGGACCGAGGCUUCUGGAAGGAAACCGACCUCUCUAUAUUUGAUCUUAUUGGCUUAGAAAAUAAAAUGACUCGCCACGAGGCAGAACUGCUGGGUAAGAAGAAGGUGACACGGAAACUCUUCGAGGAGCUGUUCACCGCGCCGCCACCAUCGGGCAGGCCGGCGGCCAUCAGACUGAAGCCCAGCAGGUUGUUUCAGCCUGUGCAGUACGGCCAGAAGCCCGAGGGCCGCACCGUGGCUUUCCCCAGCACACACCCGCCCCGGACGGCCACGCCCACAGCCACUGCCACGCCACAGGGCCACGUUCGCGGACGGCCGCCCAUCGCCACGUUCUCUGCAAAUCCGGAUGCAAAAGCGCCAGCAGCCCCGUUUCAGACCUCUCAGGCCUCCACCGGUGCUCCGAGACACCAGCCCGCCUCGACCUUCAGCACAGCACCUAGCCCAGCCCAUCCUGUGAAACUGCGGGCUCAAACCACUGCCCCGGCCUCCACCCCGGGCCCGCCCCAGCCCCAGGCCCAGGCCCCCUCGCACCCGGCCGGGCAGAGCGCGCUGCCUCAGGGGCUGGUGCUCACCUCGCAGGCCCAGGCGCGCCUGCCUAGUGGGGAGGUGGUCAAAAUAGCCCAGCUGGCUUCCCUCGCGGGCCCGCCGAGCCGAGUCGCCCAGCCGGAGAGCCCCGUGACGCUUCAAUUCCAGGGCAACAAGUUCACUUUGUCACAUAGCCAGCUGCGGCAGCUGACAGCCGGCCAGCCCCUGCAGCUCCAAGGCAGCGUCCUCCAGAUUGUGUCUGCGCCCGGGCAGUCCUACCUGCGACCUCCAGGCCCCGUGGUGAUGCAGACAGUGUCUCAGGCGGGGGCCCUGAACGCCCUGGGAAGCAAGCCCUCGGCCGGCGGCCCGAGCCCCGCGCCCAUGACCCCGCCAGGCGAGUGGGGAGCGAGGAUGACUUCUGUGAUGCCUCAGAACCUGUACUCCCGGUUGUGGCCGCUUCUCAUCUCCAUAGAUGGCCCGAGUCAGCUUGGUUUCUUUUCUUUCUCUUUUGCUCCCAAAGUGGGUGUGCCCGGCCGAGCGGCAGUCAGUCCCCUGGCCGCAGGAGAACCUGGAGUGGCCUCCAAGCCAGCCUCUCCCAUCACCGGGCCGAGCCAGGAGGAAAAGACCAGACUUUUGAAAGAGCGGCUGGACCAGAUUUAUUUUGUCAACGAACGGCGCUGCUCUCGCACCCCCGUCUACGGCAGAGACCUGUUGGGGGUUUUUUCCCUGCCCAGCAGAGGGCAGGUGCCUUGGCUCGGGGCUCCUGAUGGAGGUCAUGGGAAGGGGGCUGGGCCCGCGAGCCAGUACACGUCACCCUUGACAAGUCACAGGGACCUGAUUUUGACGCUGACUCAACGUCAGGAAUCCCUCCAGGACCUCAUGGACAGGGUGGUGUGCGCGAUCCCACCGGUGGUGGCCGCGCCCCCGUGCUUGUGGGUGGCGAGGCCGCCCUCGCGCUACAGCCACAAGAUGAGGCUCUUCCGACACUGCCUGCGGGAGCACACGGCGCCCUUUGCCCAGCAGCUGCAGCGGGUGACAGCUCUGCGCUCACUGCGGUUUCCCGAGCUGAGACUGGUCCAGUUUGACUCAGGAAAGCUGGAGGCGUUAGCUAUCUUACUGCAGAAGUUGAAGUCUGAAGGACGUCGAGUGCUGAUUUUAUCACAGAUGGUUCUCAUGUUAGACAUUUUAGAAAUGUUCUUGAACUUCCAUUACCUCACCUAUAUAAGAAUUGACGAAAACGCCAACAGUGAACAGCGGCAGGACCUGAUGAGGAGUUUCAACCGGGACCGGCGGGUCUUCUGUGCCCUCCUUUCCACACACAGCCGCGCCACGGGCGUGAGCCUGGUGGAGGCGGACGCGGUGGUGUUCUACGACCACGACCUCAACCCGGUGAUGGACGCCAAGGCCCAGGAGUGGUGCGACCGGAUCGGGCGGCGCAAGGACGUGCACAUAUACAGGCUUGUGAGCGGCAAUUCCGUUGAAGAGAAAUUGUUGAAAAAUGGAACCAAAGACUUGAUCCGAGAAGUGGCUGCUCAGGGAAACGACUACUCCAUGGCGUUCCUCACGCAGCGGACCAUCCAGGAGCUGUUUGAGGUUUAUCCACCCAUGGAUGAUACUGGCUUCCCAGUGAAAGCCGAGGAGUUUGUUGUUCUUUCUCAGGAACCUUCUGUCACAGAAACCAUCGCACCCAAAAUUGCCAGACCUUUCAUAGAGGCCCUCAAGAGCAUCGAGUGUCUGGAGGAGGAGGACGCGCAGGAGCCGGCAGAGGAGUUGGCGCCCGGGUCUCGGCGCCCGGACGGUUCCCGGUGGGGCGAGGAACCCUCGCCGCUGGAGGAGUUAGCGGACUUCAUGGGGCAGCUCACACCAAUUGAAAAAUAUGCUUUGAAUUACCUGGAAUUAUUCCAUACUUCCACUGAUCAAGAAAAGGAGAGAAAUAGUGAGGGCGCCAUGCUGGCUGCCGUGGGCGAGUGGGAGGCCCGGAACGCGCGGACGCUGCGGGAGCGGGAGGCCAGGGCGCGGCGCGAGCGGGAGCAGGAGCAGCUCCUCACCUACACCCGGGAGGACGCCUGCAGCGCGGAGUUCGUGUGUGAGGGCGCCGACGGGCACACAGAGGUCAUGCCGCUUUGGACGCCGCCCACGCCCCCCCAGGACGACAACGACAUCUACAUCGACUCGGUCAUGUGUCUCGUGUAUGAAACCACCCCCAUCCCGGAGUCCAAGCUUCCGCCCGUGUACGUGAGGAAGGAGCGCCGGAGACACAAGACGGACCCCUCAGCCGCGGGCAGGAAGAAGAAGCAGCGCCACGGGGAGGCCGUGGUGCCCCCGCGGUCGCUGUUUGACCGCGCGGCGCCCGGCAUGCUGAGGGCGCGCCGAGAGGGCAAGGAGAAGAAGAACUUGCUGCUGAAGCAGCAGACACAGUUCGCCAAGCCUUUGCCGGCCUUCGCCAGGGCGGCCGCCGAGCCUGCCCCCGACAACCCCGAGUGGCUCAUCAGCGAGGACUGGGCGCUGCUGCAGGCCGUGAAGCAGCUCCUCGAGCUGCCGCUGAACCUCGCGGUCGUGUCCCCGGCCCACACGCCCAACUGGGACCUCGUCAGCGACGUCGUCAACUCCUGCAGCCGCAUCUACCGCUCCUCCAAGCAGUGCCGGAACCGCUACGAGAACGUGCUCAUCCCCAGGGAGGAGGGGAAGAGUAAGAACAACCGUCCUCUGCGCACGGGCCAGAUGUACGCUCAGGACGAGAAUGCCACGCACACCCAGCUGUACACGAGCCACUUCGACCUGAUGAAGAUGACCGCGGGCAAGAGGAGCCCCCCCAUCAAGCCUCUGCUUGGCAUGAACCCAUUUCAGAAGAACCCCAAGCACGCUUCCGUGUUGGCAGAAAGUGGAAUCAACUACGACAAACCUCUGCCUCCUAUCCAGGUCGCCUCCCUCCGGGCGGAGCGCAUUGCCAAGGAGAAAAAGGCGCUGGCCGACCAACAGAAAGCGCAGCAGCCGACCGUGGCGCAGCCGCCGCCGCCACCACCGCCGCCGCCGCAGCCACAGCCGCCCCCGCCGCAGCAGCCACCCCCGCCGCUGCCUCAGCCCCCGUCGGCCGGCAGCCAGCAGCCUGCAGGGCAGCCUGCCGUCCAGCCCCAGGCCCAGGCCCAGCCCCCGGCGCAGCCCACGCCACCCCCGCCGAAGGCGCCCCCCGCGAUCACGACGGUGGGCAGCGCUGCAGUGCUGGCAGGAGCCGUCAAGACGUCCGUCACAGGGACAAGCAUGCCCACGGGCACGGUGAGCGGAAAUGUGAUCGUGAACACCAUCGCCGGCGUCCCCGCUGCCACCUUCCAGUCCAUUAACAAGCGCCUCGCUUCACCCGUGGCACCUGGAGCCUUGACUACCUCGGGAGGCUCUGCUCCUGCCCAGGUGGUCCACACCCAGCCUCGAGCCGUUGGGUCCCCAGCCACGGCCACGGCCGACAUGGUGUCCCUGGCGCCGACGCAGGGUGUUCGGGCGGUCACCUCAGUGACGGCCUCGGCUGUGGUCACUACCAGCCUGACCCCGGUGCAGACCCCGACUCGGUCUUUGGUGACUCAAGUGUCCCAAGCCACAGGGGUCCAGCUCCCGGGGAAAACGAUGACGCCCGCGCACUUCCAGCUCCUGCGGCAGCAGCAGCAGGCCUCUCAGGUGCAGGUCCCGCAGGCCCAGGCCCAGGCCCAGGCGCCGGCACAGAUCAAGGCGGUGGGCAAGUUGACACCGGAACACCUGAUCAAAAUGCAGAAGCAGAAACUGCAGCUGCCCCAGCAGGCGCCCCCAGCACAGGCCCCGCCGGGGCCCCCGCAGCCAACGGCACAAGUGCAGGUGCAGCCCCCGCAGCCCACGCAGCAGCAGAGCCCCCAGCUCACCACGGUCACGGCCCCGAGGCCCGGCGCCCUGCUCACGGGCACCACCGUGGCCAACCUCCAGGUGGCCCGGCUCACCCGGGUCCCCACUUCACAGCUGCAGGCUCAAGGGCAGAUGCAGGCCCCGGCGCCCCAGCCGGCCCAGGUGGCACUGGCGAAGCCCCCGGUGGUGUCGGUGCCCGCGGCCGUGGUCUCCUCGCCGGGCGUCACGACGCUGCCCAUGAACGUCGCCGGGAUCAGCGUGGCCAUCGGGCAGCCGCAGAAAGCCGCAGGGCAGACUGUCGUGGCCCAGCCUGUGCACGUCCAGCAGCUGCUGAAGCUCAAGCAGCAAGCCGUCCAGCAGCAGAAGGCCAUCCAGCCGCAAGCCGCCCCAGGCCCAGCCGCCGUCCAGCAGAAGAUCACAGCACAGCAGAUUGCUGCUCAGGGCCAACCACAGAAGGUCACCUAUGCCACCCAGCCAGCCCUUAAAACCCAGUUUCUCACCACGCCCAUCUCCCAGGCCCAGAAACUGGCUGGGACCCAGCAGGUGCAGACCCAGAUCCAGGUUGCGAAACUCCCUCAAGUCGUCCAGCAGCAGACCCCCGUGGCCAGCAUCCAGCAGGCUGCCUCUGCUUCCCAACAGGCUUCCCCGCAGACUGUGACCCUCACCCAGGCGACAGCAGCCGGGCAGCAGGUCCAGAUGAUCCCCGCAGUGACAGCGACAGCACAGGUGGUCCAGCAGAAGCUCAUGCAGCAGCAAGUCGUGACCACGGCGGCGGCCCAGCUGCAGACCCCCGGUGUUCCCAACCCAGCCCAGGUGCCGGCCAGCUCCGACAGCCCGCACCAGCAGCCCAAGCUCCAGAUGAGGGUCCCCGCCGUCAGAAAGCUCCUGUUCAAGUUAAAAUAAGAUACCAGUCAUACUCAUUUCAUUUGUGUAAAGAGAAAAGACACAGGGAAACCAAGUUAGUGUUGCCAACGGAGGUUUUCUUCUCGCUCCUCCCCCAGACGGUAGCCAGAACUAGAAGGGAUGGAGUGUUUCAGUGAAAUCACCAUUUCUCUCCGCAGAGACCACAUGUCCACCUGGCCACUGUGUUCCAAAGCCACACGAGAACGAAGGACCCGGUGCGUUUUAUUUUUCUUCGUGAUGUUCUUGUUCUCCAGUACUACCUUGUACAAGACAACUGCACUUCCUCAGCUGCACUGUGGUUCUGUCCCUAUGCAGUGAGUAUUUAUUGAAGCAUAUUACAUGCCAACUUUAUCACUAAUGGUGGAAGUUUUUUAAAAACAGCAACACUUGGCUCUUCAAGAAAAUCAAAACUAAUGAGAGAUAGAUGGGUAAAUUAUUGGUUUAUUCAGCUGAUGCUUACUGAGUGCAUACUGUGUGUCUAGGCCCUGGAGCUAUAGCUGCGAGCAAAGAAGCAAAGGAGGUUGCGUUUUAGUAGUCCAGACAGAUGAAAGUGACUCAGAACGGUGUAAGCACCAUGAAGAAACAGGGACAGGGUCACGACCGGCGAUCUGGACUUCAUGCUAAGAAGCCCGAAAGACAGCUUGACUUACAAGUUUGAAAGCUCACCGUGUCUGCAGGGGAGGUGGUGGUUGAAGGUAGCCAGAGUGAAACCGGGGACAGACCCGCCGGACCAUCUCCCUGGUCACAAGAAUGGGAAAAAACCAUCCUUGUGGGUCUAAAGAUCCCAGCUCAACAGCCUAGGAGGCAUUUUCUGACUGCCGUCCCCCAACUUAAAACGGGCACUCCACGUCCACCACCUUUUCUCAGCCGCUCGGCCCUACUUCCUCUAACCGGGCAUCCAUUUGCCAGUGUGUACCCCCUUCUCCCUAGAGCGCAGGUCCUGCCAGGGCAAGGACAGGGCUUGCUUGGUCAACGCAACAGGCAGUUAAGUGUGCGAUGAGGGGGUGGUUGAGCAGCGGAGGAGCGGACGGACGGGUGGACGGGAGGUUGCAGGCGAACAGUAGGAACGAAUGGAGGCUGCGCGCACGUGACUGCGGGCGAAGGAAGCCGGGGGAGUGCGCAGGAGCGGGCCAGAGGC